AUGGAUGAUGUAGUACGUGACUUCGGAACGGUUGCAACGCGAAUCAGCAUGUAUGGGUUGGGCGAAGGGAGGGUGGCCCGUCUGCAAGAGAGUGCCUACUUGGGACACUACGACUUCUUGCACAAGAUCCAUUCGCUGGCGGUGAACCGGAUGGAGACCGUCGAUAGGCUCUAUCGGUUCGACCAGCCCCAGGAGGUGUUGCAGCCGGCUGGAUGCGGACCUGGAGGAGGUGCCGGAGUGGUGGGGGAUCCCGUGCAACCCGUGCAACAAGAGGGGGAAAGCGAAGUGGCUGGAGCGGAGGAGGCACAGGACGCUGCCGGGGGCUCUGCCGGAGCGGAGGAGGAACAGGAAGGAAUGGAGGAGGAGGGCGAGGGGGAGGAGACGGAGGUAGAACAGGACGCGGAGACGGAGGCUGAGGAGGAUGCAGCCGUGGCGGAGGUGAUGUCUACUGAGGAGUACGUCGUAAAAAACAUGCCAGGAGGCGGCCUAAGAUAUUGUGGGGUGUUCAGACCGUCGAACUGGAUCAGCACGAAAGUGUUUGAAAAGCCGAGGGAGGACUCGUGGACAGAUUGCCCGAUAGUGAAGUUCCGCCCAACAACACUGGAUGACCUGAGCAACCCAGAGCUGAAAACCGCCUCCUACCCGCGUUGUCCCGGGCCAUGUAUCUACCACGAAUUCAAAAAACCAUAUGCCGCGCUCAAGGUGGUGGGCGUGUGUUCCAAGGGCCACGUGUACAGGGUACCUGACAACGAAGUUGUGGCAACCCAAAAGUUCCCCCCCGGCUUCUCUGGCGCCAUGUAUGUGGAGGCGGUCAAAAUUUUCUUCGAGAAGAGGGCAGCGGCAGCAUCGACGAAGACAGCACCCGGCGUGAGAUCAAAGGAAGCUAAAGCAACGAAAGCCGCAAAGAAAGCGGCAGCCAAAGCAGCACAGAAAGCGGCAGCCAACGCAGCACAGAAAGCGGCAGCAAAGUCAGCGGAGGCAUCGAGAGCUAGAACAGCCAGAGCGGAGGCUAGAACGGAGGCAUCCAAGGCUCCGCCGCCAACCCACGGCCUUGACAACAAGAUGGUCGAUGUGGGUGGAAACGAGGACCGUGCGGAUGCCGAUCAGGGAGGUGAGAGCACGGAUGACGACAUCCCCUACCAACGCGGCAAAGGCAAGGGCAAACGUGUGUUCGAGGACUCCGACGACGGGGAAGAUGGCGACCACGUCAGCCCCUGCCAACGUGGCAAGGGCAAAGGGGAAAAUAGUGUGAAGUACUUGGAUGAAUAA